AUGGCCUGGGUAUCGCUGCCUUCCCUGGCCGUUCUAGCCGCCAUCCACAUUCAAUGGCUCCUGAACCCCGACUCGGUGGUCGUCCAAGCUCAGGACCUUCCUGCACAGGCCCAGGUUAUUGACCAAAGAAGCUUCAACGUCCUGCCUAACGUACUGCCCGCUACCGUCGUCAAUGGAAGCCAAACCUUCAUGCCCCCAGGCAUCACACCGGAAGACCUUUUGGCCAAGCCCUUCCACGUCUACGACGACGAAUUUCGCUCCAUCAUCGGUUCAGAACCCACUUUGUCACUGAUUGCGGAAACGGCAACGGACCCGUUGUUCCACGAGGCCGUGGUUUGGUUCGAGCCGACAGACGAAGUCUUCUUCGUUCAGAAUGCCGGCGCCAAGGCCGCAGGCACGGGACUCAACAAGUCUGCCAUCAUCCAGAAGAUCGCGCUGUCGCAAGCAGACGCGGUCAAGGGCCAGGCCAACGCAACUGGGCAGGUCACGGUGGAGGUUGUCCCAUCCAACCCGCAGGUCGUCAACCCCAACGGAGCCACCAACUACAAGGGCCAGAUUCUCUACAUGGCAGAGGGUGCUGGCGCGGAGAACACGUCAAACGCCGUCGUCAUGAACCCAAGGGAGCCUUACAACACGACAGUCGUGCUCAACAACUACUUUGGCCGGCAGUUCAGCUCCCUCAACGACGUCGCCGUUCACCCGGUCAACAAGGAGGUCUAUUUCACAGAUACUCUUUACGGAUUCCUGCAGGACUUCCGCCCGGCCCCUGGGAUCCGGAACCAGGUCUACCGGUGGAACGAUCAGACCGGCGCGGUCACGAUUGUUGCGGAUGGAUUUGUGCUGCCCAACGGCGUCACUUUCUCUCCAGACGGCAAGUUUGCCUACGUCGCGGACACGGGAAUUAACAAGGGCUUCUACGGCGUCAACUUCUCCGACCCAGCCUCCAUCUACCGCUUCGACGUCCUGGAGGACGGCACGUGGGACAACCGCAAGACCUUCGCCUUCGUGGACUCGGGCGCCCCAGAUGGCGUGCACACCGACACCAACGGCAACGUCUACGCGGGCUGCGGCGACGGCAUCCAGGUCUGGAACCCCUCCGGCAAGCUCCUCGGCAAGAUCUACCUGGGCGGAACCAGCGCGAACUUCAAGUUCGCAGGCGACGGCAGGAUGGUCAUCUGCGCCGAGACCAAGCUGUUCUACGCCACGUUCAAUGCGAGCGGGUGGAUCACCGAGGGGCAGUAG